AUGGCUCCCUCAGCUCUCGCAGAUAUCUAUCCAAUCCCAGCGAGGCACUACUCUAAGUCAUCGACUGUAGUAGCUUCGGUCCUACACGGGCCAAGGGAUUUGCGGCUGGAAACUCGAACCAUUACUGACCCUGCCGCCAAUGAACUCCAGAUCGCUAUCAAGGCUACUGGGUUGUGCGGGAGCGAUUGUUCCUACUACAGCAAGUUCUGCAACGGGGACCUGCAGGCUUGUGAGCCGCUAUCCUUGGGCCAUGAGUCUGCCGGAAUUGUGGUCGCCAUAGGCCAGAGUGUCACCGGUUACCAGAUUGGCGACCGCGUUGCUCUGGAGGUAGGCGUGCCGUGCGACAACUGCAGGUCAUGCCAGCGCGGACGCUAUAAUCUGUGCCCGAAGAUGAGGUUCCGGAGUAGCGCCAAAUCGGUACCUCACUUCCAAGGAACGCUUCAGGAACGCAUCAACCAUCCUGCAAAAUGGUGCCACAAACUACCUGCCCAUGUGUCCAUGGAAUCGGCUGCGCUUUUGGAGCCUCUUUCUGUUGCUAUACAUGCAACAAGAAGAGCCCAAAUCGAGCAGGGUGACACGGCCAUUGUUUUUGGUGCAGGCACAGUCGGUCUUCUUACAGCUGCGAUGGCCAAGGUGUCUGGCGCCACAACCGUCGUCAUCGCAGACAUUGAUUAUGGACGUAUAAACUAUGCCUUGGCAAACGGCUUCGCGCACAAAGGUUACAUUGUGACCCCACACAAUGCGACUGAGACUGCCGAAAAGUUCGCGGUAGCUAAGGAGUUGGCUGCGGAUGUCAUGCAGAUUGCUUCGCAGAAUGAGAUCGAUUUCGAAGGUGCUGACGUUACAUUUGACUGCACUGGAAAGGAGAUCUGUAUGCAGGCUGGGUUAUACGCGACAAGGCCUGGUGGCAAGCUCAUCAUGGUUGGAAUGGGCACGCCGAUCCAAACACUGCCCAUGUCGGCAUCUCAUCUAAAGGAAGUCGACAUCCUGGGAAUCUUCCGCUACGCCAACACCUACCCAACCGGCAUAAAGAUCUUAUCUGCUGGUGUACUUCCAAGUCUCGACAAUAUGAUCACUCACAGGUAUCAUGGAUUGGCAUCGACAAAGGAAGCCUUCGAGCUCGCAGGCAAGACAGUCGACAAGGAUGGCAAGCUUGUCCUCAAAGUUCUUGUUGAGAUGUAG